AUGGAAAACCUCUCACUCCUCCUCCUCUUCCUCCUCUUCCCUGUCCCGGGGUUGCUGGGCUCCAGUAGGGCACUGUGUUCGAUGGAUGAAGCCAUGGGCGAGAAGAUCAAGCAAGGCUUCAGCUUCCUGUUGUCAGAAGCAGUAAAGAACAUUGGCAUACAGUGCCGGACAGUCUCUUCCAGAGGGGAGUUGGCCUCCUGUCCAGAGGGCUUAGCAGUUACCAGCUGCUCCUGUGGUUCUGCCUGUGGCUCGUGGGAUGUUCGAGAGGGAACAAUAUGCCACUGCCAGUGUGCAGGCAUAGAUUGGACCGCAGCCCGUUGCUGUACCCUGGGGCUUGGUGCCUGA